CGAACGCACCCACUGACAGAGUCAUGUGGUCGGUCAUGAGGAAGUAAACAGGGAAUAGAGAGAAGAUCCACAGAGCUGGAGUAUUUUAAGCAGCCAGUUCAUGCUGAAACACAGGCUGAAGUAGUAGCUGUUGUGUGCAUCACCCUCUUCCUCUUCCUCCUGCCACGAUGCUGGACUUCCUAGCGGAGAACAACCUGUGCGGCCAGGCCAUCCUCAGGAUAGUUUCCAGAGGAAAUGCCAUCAUUGCCGAGCUCCUGCGUCUCUCUGACUUCAUCCCUGCUGUUUUCAGGCUCAAAGACAAGAGCGACCAACAGAAAUAUGGAGAUAUUAUAUGCGACUUCAGCUACUUUAAGGGUCCGGAGUAUUACGAGGGAAAGCUGGAAGCCAAACCUGAGCUUCAAGACCUGGAUGAGGAGUUUCGAGAGAACAACAUUGAGAUUCUGUCCAGGUUCUAUCUGGCUUUUGAGAGUGUCCACAAAUACAUAGUGGAUCUUAACAGAUAUGUGGAUGACCUACAUGAGGGUGUUUAUAUUCAGCAGACCCUGGAGACGGUGCUUCUAAAUGAGGAUGGGAAACAGCUUUUAUGUGAGGCUCUCUACCUUUAUGGAGUCAUGCUGCUGGUCAUUGACCAAAAGAUAGAAGGGGAGCUCAGAGAGAGGAUGCUUGUUUCCUACUAUAGAUACAGUGCCGCUCGUUCCUCAGGCGACUCCAACCUGGAUGACAUCUGUAAGCUGCUGCGUAGCACAGGCUUCUCCAGUCAGCCUGGAGCCAAACGUCCUGCCAACUACCCCGAGAGCUACUUCCAAAGAGUUCCCAUCAGCUCCACUUUAAUCAGCAUGGUCAUUGGGCGGCUGCGCUCGGACGACAUAUACAACCAAGUGUCUGCGUAUCCCCUGCCAGAGCAUCGUAGCACAGCACUGGCUAACCAGGCAGCCAUGCUCUAUGUGUGCCUGUACUUCAGCCCCUCUUUACUGCAAACCCAGCAUGCAAAGAUGAGGGAGAUAGUGGACAAAUACUUCCCUGACAACUGGGUUAUCAGUAUCUACAUGGGGAUCACGGUGAAUCUGGUGGAGGCCUGGGAACCAUACAAAGCUGCCAAGACUGCUCUCAACUACACUCUAGAGACUGCUAACAUUAAAGAGCAGUCCACUCGGUAUGCAGCUAGCAUGGAGAGCUUGAAGCCUCAGGUGCAGCAGCUGCUGAAGGAGGGUUUCCUCAGGCAGGAGAUCAUCCUGGACAACAUUCCCAAACUACUCAACUGCCUGAGGGACUGCAACGUCGCCAUCCGCUGGCUGAUGCUGCACUCCGCUGAGUCAGCCUAUGAUUUGAACAACAAGCGAAUGCGUCAGAUCAAAGAACAAGUACUCAACGACUCCAAGUACAACCCAAGGAUCCUGUUCCAGCUGCUGCUAGACACUGCUCAGUAUGAGUUCAUACUCAAAGAGAUGUUCAAGCAGAUGCUGUUGGAGAAGCAGAUGAAAUGGGAGAGCUUUAAGAAGGAGGGAUCGGAGAGAAUGACGGAGCUGGCCGAAGUCUUCUCUGGCGUCAAACCUCUUACCAGGGUGGAGAAAAACGAGAAUUUACAGGCCUGGUUCAGAGAAAUCUCAAAGCAGAUCGAGUCUUUGAACUAUGAGGACUCCACAGCUGCUGGGAGGAAGACAGUUCAGCUCAUACAGGCUCUCGUUGAGGUCCAGGAGUUCCACCAGCUGGAGUCUAACCUUCAGGUGUGUCAGUUCCUGUCUGACACCAGGAAGUUUCUGCACCAAAUGAUCCGCACCAUCAACAUCAAAGAAGAGGUCCUCAUUACGAUGCAGAUAGUUGGAGAUCUGUCCUACGCAUGGCAGAUCAUUGACAGCUUCACAUCAAUAAUGCAGGAGAGCAUCAGAGUCAGCCCGUCCAUGGUCACCAAACUGAGAGCUACAUUUCUGAAGCUGGCGUCUGCAUUGGACCUUCCUCUGCUGAGGAUCAACCAGGCCAACAGCGCCGACCUGCUGAGUGUCUCACAGUUCUACUCUGGAGAGCUGGUGGCUUACGUCAGAAAGUUAAAGGUGGCUAAACUCACCCAUGACAUCUCCAUUUUCACUGAGGGGAUCCUGAUGAUGAAGACAACUCUAGUUGGGAUCAUAAAGGUGGACCCUAAGCAGCUUCUGGAGGAUGGCAUCAGGAAGGAGUUGGUGAAGAGGGUAGGGUAUGCUCUGCACAAAGGAUUGAUCUUUAACCCCAAGGCUAAGUCUAGUGAGCUGAUGCCCAAGUUGAAGGACAUGGCGGCCACCAUGGAUGGGUUCUACAGGUCAUUUGAGUACAUCCAGGACUACGUCAGCAUUUACGGCCUUAAAAUCUGGCAGGAAGAAGUGUCCCGCAUCAUCAACUACAAUGUGGAACAGGAAUGCAACAGCUUCCUCAGAGCCAAGAUCCAGGACUGGCAGAGUGUGCACCAGUCCACCCACAUCCCCAUCCCAAAGUUUCCCUCUGUGGACGAGUCUGCCACCUUCAUCGGUCGUCUCUGCAGAGAGAUCCUCCGCAUCACUGAUCCCAAGGUAACGUGCUACAUUGACCAGAUGAACACCUGGUACGACCUGAGGAGCCACCACGAGGUCACCAACAACCGGCUGUUCUCUGAGAUCCAGAACACUCUGGGUACAUUCGGCCUCAAUGGACUAGACCGCCUGCUCUGCUUCAUGAUUGUCAAGGAACUUCAGAACUUCCUGACGAUGAUUCAGAGGACCAUCCUGAAGGACAAAGCUGUGGUAGAUGUCUUUAAAGCCAUCCUGUAUGCUGUCAACCCAGUCCAGGGUAUUGUGGGUAAUGCCAGCAAAGUGUACGCUAGCGCUGUGGCCAAAACCCAAAAGAUCUGGGGUGCAUACCUGGAGGCCAUCAUGAAGGUUGGUCAGAUGCAGAUUCUCCGGCAGCAGAUUGCAAAUGAGCUGAACUUCUCCUGCAAGUUUGACUCCAAACACCUGGCUGCUGCCCUGGAAAACCUCAACAAGUCUCUGCUGGCAGAUAUUGAAGCUCACUACCAGGAUCCAUCCCUGCCCUACCCUAAAGAGGACAACACUCUGCUGUACGACAUCGCUGCUCACCUAGAGGCCGCCGGCAUUCACAACCCACUCAACAAGAUCUACAUCACCACAAAGCGCUUACCAUACUUUCCCAUCAUCAACUUCCUGUUUGUUAUCGCUCAGCUGCCUAAACUGCAGUACAACAAAAACCAAGGAAUGACCUGCAGGAAAGCUGCAGAUCCAGUGGACUGGGUUCCUCUUGUGCUCGGCAUGCUCACCCUGCUCAAGCAGUUUCACUCCAGAUACACACAGCAGUUCUUGGCUCUCAUUGGUCAGUUCAUCCGCUCUAUCAUGGAGCAGUGCACAAGUCAGAAGAUCCCUGACAUGCCUUCUGAUGUGGUGGGAGCGCUGAUGUUCCUUGAAGACUACGUGAAGUAUACAAAACUGUCACGCAAGGUCGCAGAAGCCCAUGUGCCAAGUUUCAUUUUUGAUGAGUUCAGAACAAUACUGUGAAGAUCCGGAUGAAGCAUUUUCAUCAUCCCAUUCUGCUUUUGUUGCCAUAAACUGUUGACAUUUGGACUUGACAUAUUAGUUAAAAACAGAAGUGUGUUACUAAUAACAUUAACAAUUGCUUUGUUCGAUUAAGUGUUCCAGUAAUCCAUACUUAGUCUUAAUUAUUUUUGUUAUUUACACUUAUGUCUACUAUAAAAACAACUGAUGACUUGUUUACUUAAAUUGUACAUGAUGUAAUUGACCGGUAAUGUCUUAAUGCACUAAUAAUUGAAUGUACAUAGAUAAAUGUUUAAAUAGUCUAUUGCCAACUUUAUGUGUUUUCACUUUGUGCCAUUUCCAAAAUAAAUUCUGUAAUAAAUAAGAUUGUUUUAAA